GCAGUUUUAGCAAAGCUUGUAGAAAUGAGAAGUCAAAAUAGAUUGGACCUAGCCAUGCUAAGCAACCUAGGAGAUCUUCCUCUAACAAUACCUGUUCAUGUUUGUAGGCCAUUGAAGAAUCGCAGCUCACUUCAUGAUAUAGAGACUUUUAAGAAACAACCCAGACUUCUGACCGCCCAUCAACGGCUUCUAUUUUAA